UUCCGUGGAACGGACAAUAGGAGAGGAACCUCACAGGGGAAGAAGAGCCAUGAAGUUGCCGCCGCAGUUAGUGGCAUCGAUUCUCCUAACAUCCGUUUGCGCCGCUGGCUGGCCUUAUCGUGAAAUAGUGGGCGUCGAGCAAUCGGCAUCCCCGUUAUUCGUCGCCCCGGUUUAUGGAGUCGCACCUGCGGUGAGCCUGUUGGACCCGGCGAAAGAGGCUGUUGCAACGAUCGUUGCUGGCCCGGUGACCGGGACCACGAUUGUCGAGGGAUCGUCGUCCGGUCCUGUGACCGUCGUAUCGCCAGGGGAUGCGAUCACCGGGCUCGAUAACAGUCCACCGUCGACGAAAAAUGCGACCGUAGCGCCAGCUGCGCCCGAAGAUUCGGUGCUCAUUAAAGGAGCGUCGGCGGGUCCGGUAACGCUGGUCGCUCCUUCCGACAAUCCAGCCGCGAUCGUCGAUAGUGCAACGUCAGCACGAGCUGAAACAAAAAAAGAGGUUGUUGCAUCGUCAGCGUCGUCGUCGGCUGGUGUUGCAAUCGAAAACUCAGAAGAAUCGUCGAACCCCGCGACAAUUAGCCAGACAAUAGGAAUAGCGUCAGCGAAAGCGAUAAUAGGUCCCUCGACUGGGCCCGUAAUCAUCGUCGGACCGACAGCUCCACCAGCGCCGACCACGGUUGCUGUUCCAACAGUCGUUCCACUAUCGGAUGCAAGUACCAGUAUCAUCGAAGCAUCCUCUGAAACCACUAACAUCUCAAUCUCCAGCAACGCAACCGUGCAAACGCUCAACGAAUUGUCUGCUUCGGUCACAGAUACAACAGAGCCAACCGGGGUCAGGAUUUCAGCGUCCAAUUCGAGCCAGACUAUCACGCAGAAUUCCGGGAAUUCCGUAGUUUUCGCGUCAGCGAGGGUAAAUUUGAUUACGCCCGCGGCUACGAUCGCAGCCAGCGAGGUGGCCUUAAGUAACGCCGUCCUAUCAGCGACGACCGUUCCCACAGCGCUCGUUUCCGGUUCCUCGGGGACCGUUUCCGCCGCCGCCACUGCUGCUGCUUCCGCUCUGCUCCUCUAGACGCCGAUCUAACCAUUGUACACGCUCGAACGGUCACCUGUUUCGUCCCCCCGGUUUUGUUCAGGGCGUCGCGAAGGAAGAAACGCCGAUGACUCGAUGCACGAAGCGGCUACGUCUAGUCGGAAUACGGAUCAGAAAUGACCCAGCACCGUUGGCGAACUGUUAACCAAGGUUACGAGAGAUAGGCAGCCGCGAAAACCGGCGGCAAUUCGUUGACAUUGCGUUGGCGACCGGGUCCCGAGACUGCGAAACAAGGAAGGGAAAAGUUGUGCAAGGACGACGGGGACCACGCGUAGUUGUUGGCAUUGAUGUCCGCCUCGCGCGCUCGCUCGCUCGCGCCAAUGAUCCGCGAACGACUGUUUGCAUACAAUCGCGGCGAUCUUGCUACUUCUUCCAGGCGUUCUAUCGUGUCGUUUGCAUAAUCGAUUUUUAAUAAACGAAGCAGGUUGACUGGGAUUGAUGGUUUAUGCUUUAGUGAUCUAAAUGGGGUUUGGACCGUUGUAUAUGUAGGCUGUGGAUUGUAUUGUGAGAUGAUAUUGCCUGAAAUAAGUCCACGAAGAUGAGAGAACGCAGGAAUUCUUUUUGCUCUGAAUUAUCUU